ACUUACAAUUUCUUUCUUUUCGCGAAUUAUAUUUAGCAAUGGAACAAAACGAUGAAAUCAUUAAACAAUUGGACGCACUUUACAAGGAAAAAUAUGAUUUACAAGUUCAAGCUGAAGUAAACGAUCCAGAGGUUCGACGGAAGUUUAAAAAUGAUAUGGGUAAUUAUUAUUCAAUUAUCAUUCAUUAUUAUGAGAGAGAGAAUGCGAAAUUAUUUGAUUUAUUUAUAUUUAUGUUUAUAAUAGUCGAUAUGUCUAUACCUGUUUAUCGUCAUUUAAAAGAAAAGCAUUGGAAAUCUGGUCCUCUUCCAAAAUUGGUAUCAUCUAUUACCAUCAUUGCUACAAAAACUGAUAUCUCUGGUGGAACAGAAAUCUUGCAGUACGUGCCACCACAUCCACCUAAAGGCACUAAAUAUCAUAGAUACACCUUAGGUGCUUUUGAACAGUCUGUUGGUAAAAUCGAAGUUACCAAAGCGGAUCUAAUAACAAACGUUCGCGAGUUCGCAAAUAAAUAUAAUUUGAUAUUAAGUGGUGCUACAUUUUUUCGCGAAGUAUGGGAUAAGGAUGUUAGUUCAAUUUAUAGAGAUCGAUUAGGUAAAUAUUUAAUAAUUCUCCUAAACACAAUAGCAUCAAUUUUAGUAACCUUCUUAACACUUCAAAUUAUUGUUAAAGGUAUCCAUGAGCCAAUAUAUGGCAAACCACCUAAGGUGGACCAUUACUUGGACGCGACCGGUAAAAAGCGACCAUCGAAAUUUAUAGAAACAUUAGAAUAA